AUGGGACCUACUAGGAGCAAUGGCGCCCCCAUGAGCGCUCCUAGGGGCGGUGGCGGCCCUAAGGGCCCUCCCAUAGGCGGAGGCGCCCUUGAGUGCCCGCCCAGGAGCAGCUGGGGCCCUGCCCUGGGCAGCUUGCCCCUACGGGACCUACCAAUGUGUGGCAGCGCCCUCACGAACCCUCCCAAGGGCGGUGGCGCCCUUAGUGGCCCUCCUAGGAACGGCAGAGUCCCCAACGGCCCUACCAGAGGCGACCCUCCUGGGAGCUCUAUAGCUUGGAGACCUGCUAGGUGCUGGUGCGCCACCAAUGGACCUCACAGGUGCGAAGGCAUCCGCAUGGUCCCUCCCAGGGGCGGUGGCGCCUUCAAGGUUCCUUCCAGAAGAAGUGUCGUCCCGAGGGUGCCUGUCACCGACGAUAGCGCUCCCAGGGGCAGCGGCUCCCACAGCCCGGGCUUUCGAGACCUGCUAGGUGCUGGUGUGCCACCAAUGGACCUCACAGGUGUGGGGGCGCCGUCAGGGGCCCUCCCAGGGCUGUCGGCGCCCCCAAGGACCUUUCCAGUUCCGGCGGCAUCCCUAGGUGCCUUCUAA